AAUUCUAUGUACAUUUUUGUCUACGUGACCCGAUUUCACUUAUGUAUCUUCAUCUCGUACUAGUGAUUUUUGUUGCAAGCGCAUCUCAUUCAAGUCGGCCAUCUUACCGAUAAUGUUUUUACGAUAUUACGAAAGUAUAAUCGCAUGUUACUUAUUAAAAUAAAUGAAAAUUAUGAAGCUGUUAAUUAAUGGAGGAUACAGUGAAUGAGGAAUAGUAUUAUAAAUAUGGCAGGGUAUAGAAAGGUGUAGUGCCAUUGAUAAGUGACGAAAUAUUGUUUAAUUUCUGACUAUUGUGAUCGUGAAAAAUUUAUAAAAUGUCUAAUGGAGAUGAUGUUUGUACAUCGGGGAGUGGAGUUAACAUACAAGUAUUUCGUCCUACAUGGGAUGAGUUUAAGGAUUUUAACAAAUACGUACAGUAUAUGGAGUCGAAAGGGGCCCACAAGGCUGGACUAGCAAAAGUCAUCCCACCACCUGAAUGGGUCCCUCGAAAGGGGGGCUAUGAUUUGGACCAGUUAAACAUUACAAUAUCAUCGCCGAUAUGUCAGGUAGUGACUGGUAAGCAGGGUCUAUUUCAACAAAUAAACAUACAGAAAAAAGCGAUGACUGUAAAACAAUUUGCCGUACUUGCGAACUCGGCGAAGUACUGUACACCACGACACACGAGUUUCGAAGAUCUCGAGAGGAAGUAUUGGAAAAAUGUAACGUAUGUAGCGCCGAUAUAUGGAGCUGAUGUCAACGGCAGUAUCACAGACCCUGACGUCAAGGAGUGGAAUAUUAAUCACCUGGGUACGAUCCUGGACUUCGUUAACUCGGAUUAUGGCAUAGAAAUAGAUGGUGUUAAUACGGCAUACCUCUACUUUGGCAUGUGGAAAACGACAUUUGCCUGGCAUACGGAAGAUAUGGAUCUAUACUCGAUUAACUAUUUGCAUUUUGGAGAACCUAAAACCUGGUAUGCCAUUCCACCGGAGCACGGUAAGAGAUUUGAAAGGAUAGCCGCAGGAUUUUUCCCCACUUCGGCCAAAACUUGCCAGGCGUUUCUCAGACACAAAAUGACGUUAAUAUCACCGCAGAUUUUGAAGCAAUACUCUGUUCCAUGCAACAAAAUCACUCAAGAAUCUGGCGAAAUAAUGAUUACCUUCCCAUAUGGUUACCAUGCUGGUUUCAAUCAUGGUUUUAAUUGUGCGGAAUCAACAAAUUUUGCUGCACCACGGUGGGUUGAAUACGGAAAGCGUGCUACUCAGUGUACCUGCAGUAAUGAUAUGGUAAAGAUCUCAAUGGACACAUUUGUUAAGCGAUUCCAGCCAGACCGGUAUGAGUUGUGGUUGAAAGGGCAAGAUAUAGGCUGCCACCCUGAGCAGCCAGAGAAAAUGGUACCCGCCCCGCAUCCGUCCGGCCAAGACAUAUUGUGCAAUAAAAAUAACACAGAGCUACCUGAAUCCUUCAUUGAAGCAGAGGAAGAAGGCUUCAAAAAGAAAAAGCGGCAUCCACUACAUUUAAAACGAGCCAUGGCUAGCAAAAGUAUUUCUGAAGGGGCAAUUGCUGUAUCAAUAUUGGGGCAUGAUGUUAUGGACGAUGACGAGAUGACAAUGGCGGAAGGUGAUCUAGAUAUGAUGACAUCCAUGAAGCGACCGAUAAUGCCAAUAGAACCAGAUGAUCCUCAGUUGGAUGCUCUUGAAGAUAUUUGGUUGAAAGGCGAUGAAAUGGAUCCCUCUGAAGCACAGUUACCCGAUGUUGGCUAUAUCGACUCUGAUAAAGACUCUGAUUACGGAGCACCGAAAACAAAAAAGUCAUCCAAAGUGAGAAGAAAACGGAAAGACAGUACUAAAAAAGACAAGAUAAAAGAUGAACCAAAUGAUGAUGAUAAAACUAAAAGCAAGCCAAAAACACCAAUAAGAAGGAUUAAAUCGAAAAAGCUGUCAAGUGAGCAAAUAGAAUCAAUUGCAGCUGUUGUCUCUUCUUUUGAAUCGCCUCCACAUGAAGCGUCCACCGAAUCAGUAAAGAUAGACACAUCUCCAUCAGACCCACUAAUAAACAUCUCUAUAGAAGUCACAGAAGUAAUAGAAGAAGGCAUAACAAGCACAGAUACGAAAAAGGAAACAAAGAAGCGGAAAUCAGCGGGCAAAAAGGAUGGAGACCAAAAGGAAAAACCUAAAAAGGAACGAGUGAAAAAGGAGCCGGUGAAACGACAGCCCAGACCCAAAAAGGAGAAAGCAGAAGGCGAAAUAAAAAUACGGAGACCGAGGAAACCUCAAGCCCCUAAAUUUAAGCCAGCAUUCGAGUAUCACUCGCCCUUACAACCAGUGAUGGCUAGUCAGCAUAAGCUAUACAACCAGCCAAAUCCAACAACCUCUACAGUAUCAAGCACCACAAAAACCCCACCGAAAACGUAUUCCGGACUACUACUCGACCCGAACCUCAGGGUACCAUCAGUUCUACCGCCGAUAAACAAAAACCCGAGCGCGUUCGAAAGCGAAUUCCAUAAAUUUAUGUCGAAGAAAGAGAAGACGACACCCCAAAAUGCCAUCUUUCCAGUGCGGAAGCCGAAGCAGCAGAAGAAAGUUGAGCCACAGCCAUCUCCUCAACCCACAACCCCCGAAAAGAACCAAGACUGGCCGACCCCCAUUGGCCAGUACAACGACAAUAUAUUCCUAGACGCACCCAUAGAUUAUAGAACCUACCAAGACCCACAAAGACUGCAGCAGACCUACCAGCCAGACAGAAACCACUGGAGACCCCAAUACUAUCAUCCACCUAACCAAGGGUCCUGGGUUCAAUUGCCGGCAUGCCUCAACGUGCUGACGAAGCAAGAGGCGUCGCCGUGCGUGGAGAAGGAGGAAGUGAAAGUGGAGGUGGAGAGGUUCAUCGACCUGGCCAGGCAGAUGGAGGCGUUCUUCCUGCAGAAGAGGUUUCUGCUUUCGGCAAUGAAGCCGGAACUGCUCGUCAAAGAGGACAACAACGAGCUAAAGUGCGAGCUGCAGCGUAAAGACGAGCUGCUGAGGCGGCACUAUGAGAAGAUCAGCCAAUGGCUGAACCUGCUGGCCGAUCUGCAGGGUCACACUCUGUACAACAAAUGCCAGCAGCAAACGCAGCCGCAGCCGAUGCAGCAAGCGGCGUCGCCGAUGCAGCAGCCGUGCAGCGUGCAGCAGAGCGUGCAGGCGCAGCAAAUGGCCGCAGCGGCUGCGGCCCAACAGGCAGCCCUGCAGCAACAGGCGCUGCAACAGCAGCAACAGGUACCGCGGCCGCCGCUACCGCCCGCGUACCCCAGUAACGUGCCGAGGCGGUAGCGCGAAAAAAAACUACCCGCAUAAAAAACUUCAAAAAAAAAAAAGUUUAAAAUUUCCGCGAAAUAAAUAAAAAACUACCCGCAUAAAAAAACUUCACGCUGUCACUUGCCAGGUGACGCAACUGCUAUGUUGACACCUGUCUCA